AUGGCCCCAACAGCCCUAACGACCCAAGUUACUACCCUCCUCACACACUUCUCAGGAUGUCUCCAACUCUGCACCACAAUCCAAUCCACUCGCCGUCUAGGUUCCACUCACAGAGCCUUCGAUAAUCUCCAAACCGGCCUCACUCUCUCCUCCCAAUCAAUAUCCACAUCCUACUCGACCGCUCGCAAACUCCUCGGCUCCCGCAUGGAAGUCGGCGACGAGACGUCUCGCUCAGUAGUUCGCGAAGCCAUCCUCGACAUCGAAGACAUAAAAUCCCGACUCCAUGAGAUCGCUCGGGGUGAACGCGGAAACCCUGGGUUCAACGAACUCCUACGCCAGGUCGAGAGGAUUGAAGAUUCCGUGUCCUCGGCCGUGGCAUCUCUGGGUCGCCGCCUGCAAGCUGCUAAACCGGCGCUUGCGCCGAAGAGGAAAGACGAGAUUACCGUAUCGACGAAGGAGUUGGACAUGCUCGUUGCGCAUAUGAAGAAUUCGUGGUUGGAGAAGGUGGUUGCAGGACGCACGGUGUGGGUUAAUGCGUUGGAUGAGAAGAGGAUUGUAUUGGACUAUCCGGUUGGAGGGUUUGUCAAAGGUAAAGAGAGGAAGGUUGUUAGAACACCAACCUGGGAGCAGGAGGAGAUUGAGAGGGAGGAACGGGCGAGAAGGAAUAGACGGAGCAGGGAUGAUGUUUGGGAUGGUGGGAGAGGGUAUUGA